AUGCCGAACCAGCCAGUUCCUUUGGAUUUGGCAGCCUGGAUGCAGGGCCCGUCGCCUGGUGCUUUCGCACGUCCUCAGCAGGCGACGCGGGGCUUUGCUGCCUUGGCAGAGCUGCUUCACUGCCUGAGCCUUCUGCCGGCGCAGUCGCACAAAUCCGCUGAACUGGCCGUGGCGGUCAGCCAUUUGAUGACGGAGUUCUUGGGACACAUGUUGAACGACUAUCAGCAGGACGUUGAGCGUCGAGGCGCAGCCCCCGGCAAAGACGUCACUGGAUUGAUCGGUCGGCUUCCGGAACCGAGAGCUUUGGCACUGGCUGCAGCGGCAACUGCACAACUGGGCAGUGCGGGUCAAGAGGACGAAGACCUAUUGCACAUGCUGGGCUCCACUGUGGCAGGUCCCAAGACAUCUUCAGCUCUGCUGGCAUUGGCUUCGGAGGAUGAACUGCACGACCUGAAACGAGCUUUUCAGUUGAGCCGCAGUGCUUCAACUGCCGGCGCGGAGGAGGCCAUCGCCGUGGAGAUGCAACAGCGCGGCUUGCGAGCGGGCAUCGCCAACUUCCACCUUCUCACAGCCGUCUUGGCAAAAGAUGUCCACAGGGUUUCUCUUUCGCUGCCAAAGAAAAGGGCAACAACGACAAACUACGACAAAGCCCUGGUACGCUUCUUCGAGCAGGUGUAUCAGGGCAUCAAAGACCACAUCAACCUGGAUUUGGUGAAGUGUGUGCUGAUGGCCGGUCCAGGCUUUGUGAAGGACGACUUUCUGGGGUGGAUGCUUCAAAAAGCGACCCAGUCGGGGGAUACGCAGCUGCUGCAGAAGAAGAGCAGCUUCGUGUCCGUCCACGCAUCCUGUGUGCAUAAGCAAGCGCUGAAGGAGUUGCUCGCAGACGAGCAGGUCCAGAAAAGCAUCGCCAACACAAAGGCAGCGGCUCACUUGAAGGCGCUGGAGGAGUUCUACAUGAUGGUACAAAAGGAGCCCGAUCGAGUUUGCUACGGUCCGAAGCAGGUCCAUGAAGCCGUCGAGAAAUGUGCAGUCCAAACCCUCAUGGUGGUGGAUUCGCUGUUUCGGAAUGCGAACAUGAAGUUGCGGAGACAGUACGUUGAGAUGGUUGAGACGGCGAGAGACCAGGGCGCCAGCUGCCAAAUUUUCUCUUCGCAGCAUGUCAGCGGCGAGCAGCUUCAGCAACUCAGCGGCAUCGCCGGCAUCCUGCGCUUCCCGCUGCCAGAAAUUGGCGACAUCGACAGUGAUGCGGGGCUCAGCGACGCCGGUGCUGAAGAGGAGAAGGAAAAGAUGCCGCAGGAGGAUGCCGACGACUUUAUGUGA